AAUCUAGAAACUUCUGAAAUUACACCAGCCAUGUCCCGAUUUUCCAUCCUGCGUCUAUUUAGUACUACAGUAUAGUACCACAGAAAAAAAUAAAAUUGGUCGGAAAAAGAUAAACCCCAGAGUUUUCUGUAACAAUAAUCGAGAGAGAAAGAGAAACAGUGCGCAAAAUCAAUGGAGUUACACUUACACACUUCAAUUCUACCGUCAUCGCGUUAUUCACUUCCACCACCUCUCUUCCUUUCUCAUUCUUCACCAAUCAAAACCUCACUUCCAUUCUCUCGCUUCAAUUCCUUCCCCAAACUUCAAACACUAACAAGAGGAAAUGGAAGAGGAUUGCGACCAUGUAACUAUGUAGCUUCUCAAGAAGAAGAAGAUAAAUCGCGUGAUGUGGUAGAUGAUGAUGAGAAGAACAAGAUGAUUGCAGUUUGUGAUAAACUUAUUGGUGUUUUCAUGGUUGAUAAACCUACUCCAACUGAUUGGAGAAAGUUGUUGGCUUUUAGUAGAAAUUGGGAUAAUAUUAGGCCUCAUUUUUUUGCAAGGUGUCAAGAUAAAGCGCUUUCUGAAGCCGAUCCUGUUAUGCAGGAAAAGUUGCUCCGGCUCGCGAGGAAACUCAAAGAGAUUGAUGAGGAUGUGAAAAGACACAACGAUCUUCUGGAUGUAAUCAGAAAGGAUCCAUCUGAAAUUACUAACAUCGUCGCCAAGCGUAGGAAAGAUUUUACAAAUGAAUUCUUUGAGCACCUUAACACAGUGGCUCAAUCCUACUAUAACGAUGCAGAAAAGCAAAAUGAACUGGUAAAGCUAGGAGAAAAAUGCUUGGCUGCUGUUCAAGCCUUUGAUGGUGCAAUAGAGAACAUUGAACAGAUAAAUGCUGCACAGCUGAAGUUGCAAGAUAUUGUCAAUUCCCCCUCACUUGAUGCUGCCUGUAGGAAGAUAGACAAUUUGGCUGGAAAAAAAGAACUUGAUUCGACAUUGGUAUUAAUGAUCACCAAAGCUUGGGCAGCUGCCAAGGAUUCUAACAUGACGAAACCCGAGGUAAAAGACAUCCUCUUUCAUUUAUACCAGACCACAGUGGCAAAUCUUCAGAGAAAUAUUCCAAAAGACGUUCGAAUAGUCAAAUAUCUUAUUCAAAUUGAGGAUCCUGAGGAGCAGUUAUCCGCCCUUAAAGAUGCAUUUACACCUGGAGUAGAACUUGAAGGACCCGAUGUGGAUAGUUUGUAUACGACACCAGAGAAGCUUCACAUGUGGGUAAAGUCUGUGGUGGAUGCUUAUCAUUUGAGCAAAGAAGGUACCCUCCUUAGGGAAGCAAGGGAUAUGAUGAGUCCAGAAAUCAUCAAAAAAUUGGAGAUGUUACAGAAGGUUAUCGAAAGGAAAUUCAUGUGAAUACGAGGGUGGGAAAUGUACUAAGGUGGUUUUCGUACUCUAAAACAUAAUGAUGUGCAUGAGAUUCUGGAUAUGUCCAUCAAGUGCAGGACCAGAUUUACAACAAUGCUGCUCUAAAUAAGCGCCUAUAUUCUGGCUAGUGUUUCGAAACUUUCCAAAAAUUUCACCAGAGUAAGUUGAAUCCGGGGAAAAAUUUAGACAACCAUCAAGAUUGUAACAUCAAAAGUUAGGUUAGGUUAUUUUCUUUUUUUUACUAAAUGACUUUGAAAUUUAAGUAGGUGAUUGUGUCCUUUGCAGAAUAUUACAUGGUAGACUCAAGAAAUACUACAUAUCCACUAAACUUCA